AUGCGCGUCACCGCGAAACGUCUUAUGCAACAGCUCAGCGUCGUUGGCUGUGCCAACGGACUGGCCGGCCGACAACUGGGAUGCGAAUCUGCCGCAGCUGUCCUGAAGAAGUCUGUCCACAUGGACCAGUGCCGGAUUCCGAUGAGGUGGCAGGCGCUGGUGAAGGAGGUCGAUUCUGGAAGACAUCUACAGGCACUACCUGGCGUUGCGCAGACGAUGCGCGACCUCGCCCAAGAAACCGCCGCAGCUCUACGGCGAGAGGGAGAAGUUCUGGUCGUAGCUGGAGAUCACUCAUCCGCUAUCGGCACUUGGAGUGGCGUGGCGUCAGCCAUGCGUAACCACGGCGAUGUCGGCCUCAUCUGGGUUGAUGCUCAUAUGGAUGCGCAUACCCCAGACAGUUCCCCUACAGGAAAUAUUCACGGGAUGCCCGUCGCGCAUCUGCUCGGCUUUGGCGACCGGAAUUUGUCGACUAUUGGUGACGACCUUCCAAAGCUGAAACCCGAAAAUCUGUGCCUCGUCGGAAUCCGAAGCUUCGAGCGGGCUGAGCAGGAGCUCCUCGAUCGUCUCGGCGUCCGAGUAUUCUUCAUGGAAGAAGUGGAGAGGAGAGGAAUCCAGGAUGUCAUGCAGGAGGCGCUACACCACGUUACUCGACAAACCUCCGCCUUCGGGAUGUCGAUCGACAUCGACGGAUUUGAUGUGGUGGACGCCCCGGCGGUUGGUACCCCAGAAAAAGGCGGAAUCCGAGCAGGUGACUUCCUCCAAUCGCUCCUGUCCCUAGACCUCCGCGGGCUCGUCGCCACCGAAAUUGUUGAAUUCCUCCCACGGUUUGAUGAUGAGCACAAGACUAGCGAGCGUCUGGUCGUCAACCUCAUCGAAACCAUCUACCAAACGAAGCGCCAUCAAACUGAUGCGACAGCCUCGAUCCUCAGAAGAGCCAUGUCC